AUGGAGUUCACCGAUUAUCUUCGAAUUCUAGGAUGGGUGUUGGUUGCCGCAUUCCCUGUGGUCGUUGUGUAUUUGACUGGUGGCCCUGACCAGGAGCCUCUACUGGAUGAUGUUGAAUACGAGCGUAGAAAGCGAAUGAAGCAACAGGCCGAGAAGAGAGAGGCUGAUGAAAAGAAGAAGGCUCAGUUGGAAGCACCAAAAGAAUCUCCCAAGAAGUCCAGCAAGAAGAAGUCCAACAAGAAAGUCAAGGCAGCAUCUAGUGAGGUUGUGCAGCAGGACAGUAAAAAUAAAAGUGUCGAGCAACCACAGCAACAACAAUCGAACAAGAAGAAGAACGCCAACAAGAACGAAAAGGAGGAGCAGCAGCGUGACAUUGUGCCAGCAGUGGUCACCAAGGAAGAAGAGAGCAAAAAGCUUAGCAAAAAGGAAAAGAAGAAGGCGGCUGUCAUUGUUGCUGAGGAAACAAAGCCAUUGUUAGCCAACGAGGAAAAAGAGGAGGAACCAGUGGAUCAAGAAAAGGUCAGGGAGAUUGAUGAGCAUAUGGAUCCUACUGCCAACUAUGCUCGUGUGAUGCGCAUCAAGCCUGAAGAAGAAGAGGAAGAAUGGGAGGCUGUGCCAGCUGAAGAUGGAUGGAGCCAAGUCAAGAGCCGUCGCCCACACACCAGCUCUGCAUCUACCAAAGUCCCCAUUGACAGAAACGCAGCCAUCAACGCAGAUCAAGUUGACAGAUAUAUCCCUGGUUUAGACAAGAAGCAGCGUGAAAAUUUAGCUCGCCAACAAAAGAAGAAGCAACAAAAGGCUGCUGCUGAUGCUUUACAAGCAGAGAGGCUUCGCAAACAUCAAAAGGAACUGGAGAAGAUCAAGAUUCAAGAAUUCUAUUCUUCUGGUAAAGGCAAGAAUACACCUUGGGGUAAGAAUGGCCAACAACAAAGAUCGUCAAAGAUCCCUUCUUCUACUGCUGGCAUCAAUGAACAUGGGCAAUUGAUUUGGGAUUAA